AUGGUUGGGCCGCUGAACCAGAGAGAAAAGCCGCUCGCCCGGGUCUGUCCUCCAUCCGAGGACAUACCCAAACCCGUCAAGGUGGCUUCAAGUCAGGUAGUCUUGGCAUCGUCUGGUGCCUUCCAGAACCUCACGCAGCUGCUGCCCCCGUCGCUGGCGACCUACGUCAACGCCACCAUCGACCAGAUAUCCGGAGCCUUUGCCGGAUCCCACGAAUACCUAGCCGCCCAGGGCCUGUCCCCCACUGUCGUCUACUCAACCCUCGCCUGCGCCGCACUCGCAGUCCCCAUCGGCAUGUCUCGUUACGUUGGCGGCUGGGCCGGCCGCGACGGCCUCUCGCCUUAUCAAGACAGCAACGGAGUCCACGUGACGGACGAAGACUUUAGCUACAUCACAUCCGAGGACCUCGAACAGACGUUGGAGCCGCCCAGCCGGGCCUACGACCCCAGGAGACAACCGCCAGUCAGCGCAAAACCCGAGGAUGACGUGCUCCUGAUCAAGAACAAGGGUAUCACGUACCCGGUGCAUUUCCCGGCCUACUCGAUAGGGGACGGCAAACUCUACGUCCGGGAUGUGCGGGAUCGCGUUGGGAUAGUCAUGGAGAUCAGCACAAGUCGGAGGCGGCGCAUCAAGAUGCUAUACAAGGGCCGGCAGCUGAAGGACCAAGACCUGCCGAUCCGCGAGUACAACGUCAAGAACAACAGCGAGAUACUCGUCGUGCUGCCGGACGGAGCAAGCUCCGAAGACGACUCGGAGAGCAGCGAGGAGGUGAUUGUGCCGGACCCGCGGGGUGAGCAGCCAAGCAAGAGCAAGAACAAGAAGAAGCGCAAGUCGAAGAAGAACCGAAGCCCUCGCGACAGCGCGGCGACUCUCGACGUCCCGGGAGCCGACGGCAAGGGCUCGUCCAACGAGGACUCGAGACACCCGAGCAGGAUACCGUCGCCGGCCGUGCCCAACGGCCCGCUGGAGAAGCUCGACACGAUCAAGUCGCAUUUCAACACCAAGCUCCUGCCGCUGUGCGUCGAGUUCAGCGCCAACCCGCCCAAGGACAAGAAGAAGUGCGAGGACGAGCACCGCAAGCUGAGCGAGACGGUCAUGCAGCAGGUGCUGUUGAAGCUGGACGAGGUCGACACGGGCGGCGACCCGGAGAUCCGGGCCAAGCGAAAGCAGCUGGUGAACAUGGUUCACGACGUGUUGAAGGGCAUCGACUCGCACCUUCCAGAGGGCUCAACGAGGCCGUCGUACUAA